AUGCAAAGGCGUCCACUAACGAGGAUUGAGUUAUCCUGGGAUGAUAUUGAAAACUAUGAAAAGUUUAUGAAAUCCAAGACCGCCGCUUCCCUACGAAAUGCUCAGGUGGCUGAUCAGGGUCAUGAACAGGCCACACCCUCUCAACCAAUUCGCAAGUCCAAUCGCCGACGCCUAGACUUCUUGCACCUGUUUAAAGUGCUACGGAGCAGUACGUACAGUACCGCAAACGAGCUGUCUUCUCUCAUCGAUGGUUUUGCUCUAUCGGCGCUCUGGAUAGCCUUCUUGCGCCUGCUUUAA